UAUUUAAUUAAUCACAUAAUAUAUAUCUCCCUCUUGUUAGAAAAAUCAAGCAAUUAUGGGUUCUAGCUGGCUUUGUUUCUCCCUUAGUUUUCUUCUAGUGUUGCAUGGUACCUUUGCUCAGCAAAGAUACCAACAGCAACAAGGUCAGUGUCAGCUUAAUAGACUUAACCCUAUGGAACCCACUGUUCGCAUUCAAGCUGAAGCAGGGGUUACUGAGUUGUGGGAUAAAAAUAACCAACAGUUUCAAUGUGCUGGUGUUUCACUCAUUAGACAUGUUAUCCAGUCUAGAGGCAUGCUGUUGCCUUCUUACCUUAAUACUCCUCUCCUUGCCUAUGUUGAACGAGGUAGGGGAUUUUUCGGGAUCAUGAACUCUGGAUGCCCUGAAACUUUCCAGUCAUCACAGCAAUUUCAGCAAGGUGAAAGGGGUGCAGGAUCAAGAUUCCAAGAUCGUCAUCAGAAGAUUGGACAGUUCAAACAGGGAGACAUUAUUGCCUUCCCUGCUGGAGCUGCUCACUGGGCUUAUAACGAAGGAAAUGAAGAGCUUGUACUUGUUUGUUUCGAAGAUAGCGGUAACAGUGCAAACCAGCUUGAUCAAAAUUCAAGGAGAUUCUUCAUAGCUGGAAACCCGCAACAAGGAGAACAGCAACAGGGACAGCAAGGAGGAGCACGCAGCUUCCAGAAGGAGCAAUUCCAAUCUGGAAAUGUGUUCAGAGGGUUUGAAUUAGAGUUGUUGGCUGAGGCAUUCGGCGUAAGUACUGAAACAGCAAGGAAGCUUCAGGGCCAGGAGGAUCAGAGAGGCCACAUUGUGAACAUUGAUCAAGGGCUUAGAGUUGUGAGACCACCAUUCUCACAAGAACAAGAGGAGCGUGAGGAGAGACAAGAGCAAGGACAAUACGGUCCUCGUGCAAACGGAAUUGAAGAAACCAUCUGCUCCGCUAAACUCAGGCAGAACAUCGAUAACCCUGCUCGUGCUGAUGUCUACAAUCCUCAAGCCGGACGCUUCACCACUGUCAACAGCCUCACUCUGCCCAUCCUCAGCUUCCUCCGCCUCAGCGCUGCCAAAGGAGUUCUUUACAGAAAUUCGAUCAUGGCACCACACUGGUGGACGAAUGCACACAGCGUACUCUACGUAACAAGGGGAGAAGCAAGGAUACAGAUAGUUGAUCACAGAGGACAAGCAGUGCUAGAUGACAGAGUAAGACAGGGGCAAGUUGUGAUAGUACCACAGAACUUUGCUGUGGUGAAACAUGCCGAAAACGAAAUCUUUGAGUGGGUGGUGUUCAACACCAAUGACAAUGCCAUGAUCAACACACUGAGUGGGCGUACUUCUGCCAUUCGAGGAUUACCCGUCGAUGUGAUAGCUAAUUCUUACCAGAUUUCAAGGGAAGAGGCAAGGAGGCUCAAGUUCAACAGGGAGGAAACUCUACUUUUCACCUCUUCAGGAAGAAGUAGCCAAUAUGGGAGAGUUGCUGCUGCUUAAUUACAACGUUUUGCUUGCUUUUUUUCUUCCUAUGUAAUAAGCUAAGCUAAAAGCCUACUUAAUAAAACAGAGGACCUUAUACGGUCAUCUUUGUAAUGAUGUAAUGGCAACUCUUAUUUUGUAUCCUAUAAGCGGCAAGUUCUUGUACCUUUGGCAAAUAAAAGGAGAACUAACGUAGCUUUUUGCCCUU